CUGGGAAGGGCUGCUGCCGCAGCACCUGGCUCGAGGCGUGGGCCCGCGCGCCCCCCUCCUGCGGGGCGGCCGCUGGUCCGAGCCCGUUUUUGCGGGCCCUGCGGGCUGCCGUAGCCAGGAGGCCCCAGGGCUGCAGGCCCCUCCCAGGCCGCGGCCCGCGCCCACUUGCGGGCCGGCCCGCCCCGGCAUGCCGGCAGACUUGCUGGCCAGGGGGGAGUUGCAGGUGAAGAUCUUCCACCUGCGGAAGAAGCUGGUCGACCUCGGGGAGGAGGUCCAGGAGCCGCCCCCGUGCCGCGGCGGCGGCAGGGACGGCGCCGCGAGGGACCGCGCGCUCGCCGACGCGCUCGAGGCGCAGCUCGCCGCCGCGCUGGAGCCGAGGCGCCGACGGCGGGCGGCCGACGCCGACCGCAGGUUCCCGGGGGAGGACAGCGUGCACUUCCUCGUGAGGCGGGCGCUGAGGCGCUGCGGCCGCGCCGACGAGCUUGAGCGCGAGUUCCGAGACCUCAGGAAGAGGGCAGGGUCCCUCGGCGACCCCUCGGGCCGCGUGUUCAGCCUCGAAGACCUCGAGGGCGCACAGGAGAGGUGCCUGCGGGAGCUCCUGCGGCGCUCCAUGGAGGAGAGUGACAGCGAGGACGGCGGCGAGGAGGCCGCGGGCACCGCCCGCAGAGCUGGGGCGCCCCCGCGAGCGGCGAAGCCCCGCCGGCGCCCACAGGGCGGCCGCGGCGGCGCGGCCGCUGCGCCGCCGCAGAGCGGCGAGCAGGAGGACGAGGACGACGAGGAGGCCGACUUGGACGGCGAGCAGGCGAUCGACCUCGACGAGGCGCUGGACGAGAAGGGGAUGCGCGGGCUGAAGGACAUGUUCGAGUCGAGGCAGCCCCCCGUCGCGGAGGACGAGUGGGGCCGGGCGUGGCGGGCCGUGCUGCCCGCGGGGGCGUGGUGCGCCGCGACGCUGCGGGGGCGCCUGCAGCGGCGCGGGGUGGAGAUGCCGGAGGGCAGUAGCCAGUCGUACCCGGCGCCCGGCCACCCCGGCUUCAACAAGUACGCGGCGGCGCGGCUCAAGCUCGGAGGCAUCGGUGACUGCAGCAGGACCCCCUCUGGCAGCUCUGGGUGCCCCCCGAUGCAGCCCCACCAGCAGUCCGUGGCGUUCUUGCUGCACCCGUGCUCGCCGAUCUCGAGGAUGCUCGUGGACCACCCGACGGGCUGCGGCAAGACCCGGGAGAUGAUCCAGGCUCGA